AUGUCGAAAACUCCGCGCAGCAAUAUUCUGCGUGGAGCUGGUAUGGCAAGUUCUUAUUACAGCAUAUCAAUAAUAAAAGGACAACUUGCGUCUCAGUUUAAAAGUCCACAAGACCCGAAAAAACAAAAUUAUGCACAAUUAUCUCCCAGAGUAAGAGUUCAAGUACAAAAAGAUCAAAAAAUUUACGAAUCAUGGCUAAAUGAAUGGGAUAGAAAUGCAAACUUUAACAGAUUUUUGAUGUUACAAAAAUUUAUCCGAAAAGCAAGUGGAUUUUCUGUUGCAUCACUUGAUAGGAUGUUUGGAAAUUCUACGGACCUUGUAUUCUGCCACAUAUUUUCCUUCUUUAAAGUAAAUUGCCUGAGUUACUGCUCAAUUGCAUUACAGUUAAGAGCGUUACGCGUGUUUUUCGAGGCAGUAUCAGGUCAGAAGUUCUGCGAACAGUUUGUAAGCGGUGGUGGCCAUACACUCAUUGCUGACUUACUCCCAUCAAAACUACUAGAACCUGAAGAUCAAAUUCAAAUCAUGACAACCUUAUCAUCAAUUUGUGUUUCAGCGGAAAUAAGACAGAUAAUGGUUGAUGAAAAGAUAAUUAACAAAGUUAUUGAAGCAUUACCAAUUACAAAUAAUGAUCAAUUUCAUAAUUUAGCUGUAACUUUCAUUUCUUGUACAGGAGAUUCAGCUCCGAACCUCUGCGAAUCAAUACAGAACACUAUACUUCCUUAUUUCGUUGCUUAUUCAUCAAAUGAACGCGCAAUCAUGACUUUGGCGAGAUCUUAUCGAAUUUCGAUGUUACCUGAGUUAUCCGAAAUGUUUGAUAUUAAAAAUCAUUUAUAUGAAAUAAUAGUAUUAACACGCUCAAGUAAUCAUGAAAUUCAAAGCGAUGGAAUUUUAAUAUUUUCUAAUUUGAUGGAUAACGCUUCAUCUCAGAGAAGAGACUUCUUAUUACAAGCUCUUAGUGAUCUCCUGAGUUAUUCAAAGGAUGGUGUUAAUGAAGAAGAUGGAGAUUCACUUGAAUUACAACAAUCUUUUGUUUUAAGGCUUUUUGUUGAUAUUUUAACUAAGAAACAAUCUGCAGCUCCAUCAUUAUGCCAAUUAAUGACCACUUUACUGCCAAAUCUUGUUAGAUUACUUGGAAAUAAGGGAAAUUUCGCAACACAAAUGCAUUCUGCUCAAUGUCUUGUUAAGCUUAUGGAAUACAAUCCAGAGGCAAAGGUUUAUCUUACAAAUGCAAUCCCAGAUUCUUGGGUUAAUGAUAUGAUUCAAAAUUACCGCGAAUUUUGUUUGAAUAUGACUCAAACACAAUGUGAUACAUUAUCAUCACUAGAGAGAUCACAAUUCUUGAUUAGACAAACUUCUGUGAACUUUGCUGCAAUGUUUCCGAAAUCCAAAGUUAAAACUCCGCAUUCUGCUAGAACAAAGACAUCAAUUAUCAACAGAGACUCUCCACUUACAUUUCAACCUAAGAUUUUCAAUGUUUCGGAUAUUCUUUAA